GCCAUCCCUCCAAUUUAGGCUGCAUGUAGGCGAGUUUUUGUUUUAAAUUCUGUCUUAAUUCCACCUUUUUAAAACCUGCUAAACAUGUUGAAGUUCACAGCGAUCUUGUUGCCGUUUAUCAACGCAGAGUGCGACACCCUGUGACCUUUUUAUGUAAUUGAAUUUAGUAUUCAAAACAAAUUCUUAACUAGGAACGUUUUGAUAGUACAAACACACACACAAAAAACGAACAAACAAAGACAUUGAAAAUUGUUUUUAUUUUUGUCAACCCUAAUAAAUCACACACCAAGGGUUCAGACAGUUCGGACUUAAUCCCCAGAAAAGCAGAUGGUGACAGAAGUUGGAGUCAUCAACCAUAUGUCGUUUCUAAUGCUAGACCUAUGAAUGCUUUUAGACUUUGUGGACUAAAAUUAACAUUUAAAGGGUUAACUGUGUGGUUUUGUCGGUUAAGUAAUAGGGAGCCAUUAAGCGUACUUUGGUACGGUUUGUCCCUCGGCAGAUACCGUAGCGGCUGGUUUUGUUCGCUGGUCCAUCAUUUUCCCGAAUUUUAACAAACUAAAACGUAUUUGUUUUCUGUAAACAUGUGACAUGUCUGUGUUGCGCAGAGCUAAAACGUGGGAAAUAUCUGAAUCCGAUGCUAGCGACGAUGAAUCCACAGUAGAUCAUCAUCUUAACGUUGAUACUCCGAGCAAACAAACAGCUAGACUCGAAGCGGAAGGUGAAAAAAAGGUUCCGAGUUUAACCGACAAGUGCCAAACAUCCUCCUCAUCAACAAAGCAAAACCAAAGGCAUGCUUUAUCUCCUCCGAGACCUGGGGGCUCCGGCACGCCGAGUCCUGCACGAAAACGCCGGAGCAAGGAGGAGAUGGAGGCGGACAGACGGAGAGCCGAGGAAAAGAAGGAAACGAGGGAGAAGCAGAGAGCAGUGAGAGCUCAGAGGAAGGAGGAGAGGAGACACGAGCAGAACAGGAGGAGAGAGGCUGCGGAGAACCUGAAGAAACUCCGACCAGAGAACUGCAUCAAGAGCUUCACGCUUUCCAUUCAUCCAGAUCUUCUGGAGCAUGUUGGCUGUGAUUUCUUGCUGGACACACUGGUGUGUUUGGAGUGGAGGUUUAACAUUGAGAAGCAGCAGAUCCCUCACAGCAUCACAUGGACCAGAGACGGGCUUCAGGAAGGGGAAGAAGGCCAGGUCUCUGUGGAAGAUCAAAUAGUUCUCGUUCUGACUGCAACCGACUUUGUGGAGAUGGUGAGAUCUGUGAAAAAGAUGUUGGACAAUGUGGAGGAAACUGGAAGCGAGAGCAUCCUUGUUCCUGUUUUGGAGUGUCUCAACCGGAAUGCCAAGAAGAUGAUCACUCUGCUGGUGACAGAUUCUGAUUACAGGACAAUGGCUUAUAAUAAACCUUUAUUCUUAGAGGAUCAACAAUCUGAAUCAAGGAGGGCAACUUUGGACAUGGAGGAGGUUCUGGUGUACCUCCAGCUCUAUAAAAAUAUCUCACUGGUCUUCCUGGAUGACUGGCAGGACGUCACCGACCACGUGUGUGCCGUCACCAAGUCAUUAGCAAAACGCCCUUUCAAACUCCUGACAGAGCGGGCGGAGCUGCCCUUCUGCGUGGACGGGUCGUGGGCCAGCGGCGCUCGGGUCGAGAGGGAUGGCUCCGGGCUCAUUCAGGUGUGGAGCAAGCAGAUCCAACAGCUGAACCGAGUCAGUCCUGCUGUGGCUUCCACUGUCACCAAAUCCUUCCCAUCGCCACGCCUCCUGCUGCAGGCUUAUCAGAACUUGGGCUCAGAGGAGGAGAGGAAGAGGAUGCUGGUCGGUCUGUUGGUGAAAAAUGGAGGAAAAGAGCGGCGCAUUGGCCCAGACAUAUCAGCCAGAAUCUAUCGCUGCUUCACAGCCCAGAACCCUCAGCUGGUUCUGGACUAGAAUACAGUAUAAACAACUACAUUGCUGCUUUGCUUGUUAAAACCAAAUAAAUCAUGUUCUCUUUCCGUGAAAGCAAUUUUUGUACAAACUGAAAAAAGUAAAUAAAUAUGUAAACAAGGCUGAUGACUUAAUAAAGUAUUUGCUGUG